UGUUGGUGUGCAAGCUCUAGAAAGAAGUGAAGACGUAAAAAUUCUGUUCGAGAAAUCUGGUAGUGUUUUUCGUGCGUAAAUUUUCAAAACCUGAGGCUGAAAAUACUGUUAACGCAUAGCGUAAGUGUAUCAGAAGUGUAAACGAUAGAUUGAAAGACCGACCAAAGUGAACUGUACGUGUAAAAGGCAGGUGAAUUUCUUCGGUGGGCGAAAAAAUUAUUUCUCACAAACACUAACGAACCAGUGAAGUGACAGUCAUCAGUUUUCUCCCGUCUCGCAGUUCGCGACAGUCACCAGCGGAACCGAGACUUCUGAUUAUCGGGUGAAGAAAAGUGCCACGAAACGAGACACUAGCAGAUACUGCAAUGUCCAGAUUCGACGAUAACCCGUUCGGGGAACCGAUCGUGGAUAAUCCAUUUGCGGAUCCGUCCAUCCGGGAAGCCACCAGAACUGUCGUCGAUCCCCAGCAAACUCUGGACGAAUAUGACCCCUUUUCGAAUGAAACUGUUCAGCCGCGAACGACAACAUCUCAGAACACCUUCGGCCAGCCAGCGACGCUACUGCCCUCGACGCAGACAGUUCCGGCGUACAGUGCGAGCGCGGCACAGUACAAUAGCAAUGCAGCUGUACCCGGGGGGAGCAGUCCCGCCGCUAUGACCCAGAUAUCCACCGCCGAACUGCAGCGGCGCCAAGAUGAGUUGGAAAAGAAGGCACAGGAGCUGGAGCGGCGCGAAGCAGAGCUGAUGAACAGUUCCAGUACCAACCGGCCAAACAAUUGGCCUCCGUUACCGACGUUUUGUCCGGUGCAGCCGUGCUUCUAUCAUGAUAUCAACAUCGACAUCCCGUCGGAGUUCCAAAGGAUUGUCCAGAAUUUGUACUACCUGUGGAUGUUUUACGCGUUGAUCAUGGUGGUUAACAUUCUGGGCGGCUUGGUGAUACUGAUCCAUUCCGGAGACUUUCGUACCUUUGGGUUGGGCAUCUUCUACGCGAUUCUCUUCACACCGGCUUCAUUUUUGUGCUGGUAUCGUCCAGCGUAUAAGGCUUUCAAGAACGAUUCCAGUUUCAACUUUAUGAUGUUCUUUUUCAUAUUUUUCUUUCAAACAUUGGUUACAAUUGUUCAAACAAUCGGAUUUCCGGGAUCAGGUACUUGCGGUGUCAUUAUGGCCAUUAUUCAGUUUGAAAGCGGUGGCGUUGGUAUAUUGGUGGGAAUCUUCGUACUGGCCAUCGCCAUAGGCUACGGUGCCUGUGCUGCCGGAAAUGUGUUUAUGUUGAGCAAGAUCCAUGCAAUCUACCGCAGCGGUACCGAGACGAACCGCAUUACGAUGGACAAGGCACGCCAGGAGUUCCAGUCAGGCUUCUUCGGCAAUCAGAUCGUACGAGAUGCAGCGGCCGGUGCGGCACGAGCUACCGUGCAGUCGCAGUUCAGCCAGAACAGGUACUGAAAUUCAAUCCCAAAAAUAUAACGAAACAGUGACGAGACACACUGGCACACUGUUUCUAGCGAUACAUCCUAUCCUAUUCUUGAAUUUUACUGUUUAUUUAUACAAUUAUUACGACUACCUAUCCAUAUUAUCGCGUAGUGCAACCAAACGAGUUUUCCUUCUACUUCUAGUUGGUAGUUCUAUUAAAUCUGUUUUACUUUUUGUUUCGCAAUUUUUCACCUUUAUAAAAAUCAGUGUCUACGGUCGACUACUUUUUUCGGAACAUUUAAGGUGAAAUUAGUCGUCAUCGUUUCUGCAAAUUUCAAAAGCAGUUUUUUUUGUUUGAAACAAAAAUUUUGUUCAUAAAAAUAUAUUCGCUGUGUUCAGAUUGGCAAGAAGAAUGCAGUCAAUACAUUUCUGUAAACAGAACCCCGCUUUUGGGCCCAAAAACUGCUUCCGACAUUGGGCUCUCCGACGAAAAGUUAAUGACUGCUAGUUUCCCGUUAAAUGCUUAUUUUGAGAUUCGAUUAUAUUUUAUGUUUACUACUUUUGAGUUCAACAAUUUAUUGACCAGUCCAGUCUAGACUAGUGAUGAUAAGUGAAACCAAUAUUAUAUUAAUUACUGUUUGAGCAUAUGAGUUGUUAGUGUUAGUGAGAGAGAAAGAGAUAAAGAAAACAUUCAAACUAAUUAAUAAAAACAAAUCCAAGCACUAUAACAAAUAAGCAUAUAAAUAGUAACUAAAGUGAUGAAACAUAAAACUAUGCGAAAAUCAUUUAAAAUGAUUGAAUUUAACUCUAGCUUCCUUCAGUGGGGAAGAAGAGUGAAAACAACAAAACACUAUAACAUUAGCCUUUUCAAGGGAACUAAGCGCGUGAGGAAAUCAUACCGGAAACAAUGAUAGAUGCACGUUCAUGGCAAAUGAUUUUGUUAUUGCUGAUUAGAAUAUACUGCAUUUGAAAGUGAAUGAUUUCGGUUGUCCUAUUCUAGUUGUUAGUCAACACAAUUUGAGGCCCUAAUCAACACGACCCCGAAAAGGAAGGUGCAGUAGAAUGCAAAUUUAUUUAAUAAAUAAUUUAUAUCCAACGAAUCAAAAUUUACAAAAUGUGACUUUCUACAAUAUUUGUCCACUAACGAACGUACUUUGCAAAUAAACAGGAUUACUUAAAUUAUAGCUUGCUUUACCUGAUUUUUUUUAAUUUUUUAAAUCUUUUUAGUUAUUCUAUAGUUACCUGUUUUGCUUGCAGCUAAGAAAUUGCUUUAUCACAAAGUUUAUGUAGCGUUGUUUUCCACCGACCUAUUAUAUUUCCACUUCCACUUUUUCUUAUUCCCAGUUAACGGUUUAUCUUUGAUAUGCUAUAUUCCGGAAGCGAAAGUCGUUAAUAAUAGUUGUAACAGGUUACAAUAAACAAAACGUAUAACAAAUAUAAUUAUGUUACUUUGAGUUUUUUAUAUUUCGUUUAUCACAAUCAUUUCGUUUUAGAGGGGACAUGAACGUAAGACACACGCCCAAAGGUGCGCAUUUAUUGUUUUUUUUCUUUUUGUCUCUCGUGGUCACUAAGGUCAGCCGGUCUUUAGUAUUUAAAUUUAGGUUGUAAUAAUUAGCUUUAUUCCUGUUUUCGUUCGAAUUACAUUGCUUCAUUCGAAUAAAAAACAUUACUUCGUUAAAAUCCUGGUAUUCCUAUGAAUAUGAAUAUGGAAUACCGUCGUAAACAAGAAUAAGGGAUAAUUUAUAUAGAUUGAAACCGUUGGCGGAGUCCUUCGUCGGCGAUUACCAAGCUGGUUUUGUGAGGGUCGCUUAGCGACGGAUCAGAUGUUUAGCCUGCGUCAGUUACUAAACAAGUUUCUAGAGUACAAUUUGCAGACUCAUCAUCCGUUUGUGGACUUUAAGGCGGCAUAUGAUUCAGUUAAAAGAGAUGGCUAAGCGAAUGAUUUUUCGACGAAACUAGUCACGCUGAUUCGUGCAACGAUGGAUGAGUCAAAAUCAUGCGUCGGAAUGGCGGGUAAGACCUCGGGUGCUUUCGUAACGUUGGAUAGACUAAAGCAAGGGGAUGCACUCUCUAACCUGCUAUUCAACAUUGCCUUGGAAGGUGCAAUACGAAGAGCAAACGUGGAAAGAAACGGAACUGUCAUCACGAAAUCUCACAUGUUUCUUGGUUUUGCGGAUGACAUCGAAAUCAACCGUAGAGAAGUGGAAGAGGCAUUUAGGCCUUUUAAAUUGAAAGCAGCGAGAUUGGCGGUUUUUUUUUACGACCAACGGUAUUACAGCCUCGUAGCACUAUAACUAACUAACUCUACAACUGUCCCUUAGACAACUGUUAGAAAUUCUGCUUGGCUGAGACGUUACAGUCAAAAUAGCAAAAUCGAAUCAAACUGUGCGUCCAAUAAAAUGGUUCUGCGAAUAGAAAGCAUAGCACAUUAGGCAAAUGGAUGCAAUAAUUUUAGUUCAAAUCGGAUUUAGACGGACGCCACUUAAGUGUUGGGGUGAAGUGUUAUCCGUAGCCGAUUUCUUCUUUCUCAGAUUCUUCUCACGUCGGCGGUUGUUUUUGGUUGCUUGAGCCGGCUGCUUCUCGAGAGCUACUCAAGGAAGCUACUCGUCGCUAACAGCACGACAAGGCUCGUACCCUAACACUACGACAAUGACUACAAUUAAAUUUUAGCUCCGGUCACUACGCAAGCAAUGUUGACGUCAUUCAGUUCUAAAGACCGCCACCUGUACGGUGUCCCAUUGAAAGAAUUGUGCAUGAGUUAGCCUGGAUGCGGAUUCCUGCUUACUUACUACUCACUUUACCAGCUGAGCAGCCAGGGUUGCUCUUGCCGUAUCAAGAAUUCCUCUCCAUUGUACUCGGUACUGCGCUACUCGUCACCAAUUCGUUGCGCGUCUCAACACACGCAAGUUGGCUUCAACGUGGUCGAGUCAUCUAGCACGUUGGGCCCCUCUAUUCCUGGUGCCGAUGAGGUUCUUGAAGAGAACGGAUUUCACUGCACAGUCGUCCGGUAUUCUUGCGACGUGGUCAGCCCACCGUAGUCUCCCAACUUUCGCCAGGUGUACGAUGGGAAUCUCUCCAAGUAGUGCCCACAGCUCGUGGUUCACACGCCUAUGCCACUAUCCGCUAUCCGACUAAUGAACGUAUGUCUUUUGUAGGCAAAGUUGCUGUCAAAAGUUCGUUGAGGGAAUAACGUUUGCCGAGCUGAUUAGCGUUUUGUACAUCGUCAGCUUUCUGCGGCAGCGAAUGCUCCUUGAUCGAAGCGUCUUGCGGAAGGAAAAGUAGGCUCGAUUUCAGCCUGAAUGCGUCGUUGAGUCUAGUUACUCGUAUUACUGUCGGCGUUGACCAGAGAUCUCAAAUAUCUUCCAGUUUAUCACCGUCAGUAGUCACUGCCCGUGGGAUGCAAACGUUGCUUUCUCUGGAGCCUCUUCCUACCAUAUAUUUGGUUUUCAACGCAUUGAUUUGUACCCCUAUCCUCCCAGUCUCCGUUUUUAGUCUGGCGUAGAUUGCCUCUGCCGUCCCAAGGUUUUUAGUAAUGAUGUCGAGGUUGUCUGCGAAGGCUAGAAGUUGGCUACUCUUGCUGAAGAUUGUUACUCUCGUUACGAUGCUCGCUCGCCGGAUCACACCUUCAAUAGCGACAUUGAAUAACAUACAGGACAGUCCACUCCCUUGUCGCAACUUUCUGCGCGAUUCGAAUGGACUUGAGAGUGACUCCGUUAGUCGCGUUAAUUACAGCAAUCUAGCCGCUCGCCCUUUUUGUAGAUGGGACAAACUACACCUCUCAUCAACUACUCCGGUAGUUUCUCCUCCUUCCAAAUCCUUGAAAUUAUCCAGUGCAGAACCGUUGCUAGCGGUUCUUGGAAGUGCUGUCCGUCCUGGAGUCCGUCCUUCCCGGCGGCUCUAUUAUUCUUCACCUAGCCGAUUUCGCGCCAGAUCGUUUCGAGAUCGGGAGCCGGCACGCCGUUGUCGUUUGUAGGCACUCUUAGGUUAACUUCCGUUGCGUCUCCGUCUGUUACAUUGCCGUUGACAUGCUCAUCGAAGAACUGAUGCUUCAAUCUGUCGACCACCUCGCGCUCGUUUGUGAGAUCCCCUCUCUCGUGCCUACAUCUGAGAUAUGUUUGGCAUGUAACCCUUAUGAGUAGGGUUCAUCUUCUCGUAAAACUUGCGCGUGUCAUUAGCCUGGAAUAGUUAUUCCAGCUCCUCACGAUCCCUGUCCCCCUCCUGGCACUUUUUCCUCCUCAAGAUCGUAGUGUAGUCAACUCAUUCUGCGCUCGUCGAUACUUGGCCAAAUUCUCUUUUGUGUAUUUGCUUAGAUAGUUUUUCAAAGCUCUUGGCAUUCUCCGUCAAACCAAUCGUUUCGUUUCGAAGCAUCUAACUCCACAGAGGAAGGCAGAGCUUAAUCCAGUACGCACGCGUAGUUAUCGGCAACUCACGGGUUGUCUAAUUGCCGAAUAUUUAACCGAGGAAGACGGCUUUGUCGCGAGGUAUAAACCGUCGAUAGUUUUUAGCGCACAUGUACUGUUACUAGGUAAUGGUCCGAGUUGAAAUCCGCACCCCGUAGGGAGCGUACGUUGGUGAUGUUUGAGAAUAACCGAUGAUCUCAAGGUGGCUUUGUGGAUAUCCUUGUGGGGAAAGAAAGUGCUUCUGAUCACCAAGCCUCGGGAAGCUGCCGUUAUCGUUCGUGUCGGUGUAUAGGCUAUGGGGCCCGAUCACCGAUCUAUACAUGGCUUCCCUGCCGACCUGGGCGUUCAUAUUCCCGAUGACGAUCUUGAUGUCCCAUGGUGAGCAGCUGUCGUACGUUGCCUUCAGCUGCACAUAGAACGCUUCCUUCUAGUCAUCGACUUCUACUUUCGUGUGAACAAUGUACGUUUAUGAUGGCCUUUUAUCAUGCACAUCCUCUCGUUGAUUGUCUUAUAAUCCAUUACGCGAUCCUCCAUUUUGCCCAUCACUACGAAGCCUGUUCAUAGUUGGUUCGUCGCUCCACGACUCUGGUAAAAUUGAGCUUCGCUGCUACGGAUCCUUCACACCUCCACGCCUUUGCGGCUUUCAUAUUCCGGCUGGUACCACGUAGAGAUAGGGAUAGGAGUUGCUAGAUAACGGGCUAAAGACCACUAUGGGUCUGUAUCCCGCAUUAUCCAACCAUAAGCGUCAUAAAUAACUCAUAAAGAACAAAACGAACAAAAGGGGUCGAAAGUUACUGCCUUGCGGUACACCAGAUUUAUUCGUGAACGGGGACGAUACCUUCGCGUCAAGCUUCACUUACACCUGUCGCAUAAAUACAAGCAAUGUAUUAGAAAUUAUACUAGGAGAGCAAAAUAACCGAUAGAGUUACAGUCGAGCGAGUGCUAUUAGAGCUACUGAUAUUCAGUCUAGUGACGUUCGACCGAAUAAUCAAUACUAACUUUUUUUAGUAGUGCUUCACCUUGGGAUAAAAUUUUCUAGGGAAUGGUAGGUUAUGUGGAGUGGCUUUCCGAGGAGUGGUGCUUUCGGCAUAAUGACUUUCAUGGGAAUGAUAUAAAAUCUUCGAUAAACCAUUAUCGGGAAACUAAAUGCAAUCGAUCGUAUGUUUCAAAUUUCGCUAAAUUUUUACUUAAGUUGCUUAAAUUAUUAUUUUUUUGUAUUUUGCGAUCUCAUUAUUCUCGCUACAU